AAGAUUGAGGCAGUCACACCAACCAUAUCUGUACGAAAAGUUACCCAGGGCGUCUUGCAAUCCCGCUGUAGGAAUAAUAUCCAAGAGCAAAGUUUGAAGAUUGAGGCAGUCACACCAACCAUAUCUGUACGAAAAGUUACCCAGGGCGUCUUGCAAUCCCGCUGUAGGAAUAAUAUCCAAGAGCAAAGUUUGAAGAUUGAGGCAGUCACGCUACCCAUAUCUGUACAAAAGAUAACCCGAGGCAUCUUGCAAUCCCGCUUUGGGAAUAAUAUCCAAGGGCAAAGUUUGAAGAUUGUGGAAGUCACGCCACGCAUGUCUCUGUGGAAGAUUACCCAAGGCGUCUUCCUAUCCCGCUUUCGGGAUAAAACUGAAGGGCAAAGUUUGAAGACUGUGGAAGUCACGCCACACAAGUCUCUAGGGAAGAUUACCCAAGGCGUCUUCCUAUCCCGCUUUCGGGAAAAAACUGAAGGGCAAAGUUUGAAGACUGUGGAAGUCACGCCACACAAGUCUCUAGGGAAGAUUACCCAAGGCGUCUUCCUAUCCCGCUUUCGGGAUAAAACUGAAGGGCAAAGGAAUAGCCCUCUGCUCAUAUACGUCGUGUGGAUGAACAUGAUCAUGGUUCAAAGAUCAAACGGCAGCUGCACACUGCUUGGUGGCCCACCUCCCUUCCUGCCUCCACAAGGCACUGGUGUGGACAUGGCUGUGAGUGGCAGCAUCCCCUCGGCCAUCCUGUCAGCAAUCACCCCUCGCAACCGCUCUGCAAUGGUUUGGGACAACAGUGUAUUGGCAGCAGAGGAACAGAGAGGGAUACCCAAGGUCAGCAAUUUCUGCAUUGCCUUUCAUUGGAGGAGGCUGGCAGCUGAGGAUAAGACCAGUGGCGGACAUCAGAAGGACCACGAAGACAGCGCCUGCUCUUCCAGGUCUACGACACACACCAAUUUCAUUCUGUGCAAUGAUUGCAACCCUGAUGACCUUUUAAUUUCUUCACCUGUGGCUGGGACACAUGUGUCUACCAAGAUGCAAUGUAGAUGGUACAACAUGACUCAGCCCUAGCUGUGGCCGGCUGGCAGCAGAUGUCGUUGGAUAACUUCCUCAGGGGAUGUAGGAUCCCUGUAUCAAUUAUAUAAGCAAGAUAUAAUCAUCUUCAAUAACGCGCAUACUCAAACCACUUCAUAUAAUGGUGCAUACUCGAACCACUUAUUCAAAUAAACAGUUAC